AGCAAAAGGUUUGCAGGCAGCAACAAAAACAACGAGCACAGAAACACUGACAAUUAAAUAGAUUCCAAUUUAAAGAAACUUGUAGAUAGACACUUAGUUUAAACAACAUGCCCCGUAGAUAUUCGACAAAGUUGUACCUGGAAAAGCUGAACCAAACGAUCGAAUCGCUUAAAUCCAAUCAACGUAGUGAGGCAGCAUACUCGACCAGCGAUUCGGAUGAGGACGUAGAAGAAGAUGAACAGGAAACGUUGGAGACUGAACCGGCACCUUUGCGUCAUAUAUUAGAGAAUACAUCGCAUCACACCCAUCCAGCCUUCAAUCAAGGAUUGGGGCAAAAUUCGAAUCAAAAACGGACACUGAAUGUAUUGCCCAGCUGCGCCUACACUGUGGCCCUGCCCGUCUAUGUCUCCAGCCAGACCACGCCCAUCUUAGAGCCGUGCCAUCAGCGAACAGCUGCACACGAUGACUGGGUGCGCAUGGUGCACCUCCACAAGUCGAAAUACUUGAAACAAACUUCCAAACAAAAGCAGCGCGAAAAGAAAGAACAGCAUCAGAUAUACAAUUGCCAUCUGUACGAUUUCGCGGAGCAGAUAGCGUUGCAGGAGAAUACCUACUUUCGCGACAGCUAUGACUAUUACUACACGGGCGGCAAUCUGAAUCUGUUGCCCUACUCAGUUGCUGGCUGCCCGGAAGUCAAGACGCUGGCUAUGCAUGUCUCUGGCGAGCGGCUGCAGUGUCUUAAUUUAUCCCAGGUGGGCGUGGAGGCGGAACUGUGGCGUCCGCUGCACAGCGAAACGCUGCCGGACUUGUCCAGCGAGAUCUUUGAGCUGUUGCCAGUGACCAGCUUUCGUGUAAAUCACGGCAACAUGUUCCUGGCUCGCAUGCUAAACGAUAUAGCUAUCUAUGAGUUGAAGGAGGUCGAAGAUGAUGACGAUGCGGAAGAAGACGAUGAGGAGGAAGCUGACAAAUACAAAUUAUGCUGCCAGAGUAGAUACAGCAGCCAGGAGGGACCCUUCAUCAGCGUGGCACAGGCCUAUAAUAAGCCAAAUACCUUAGCUAUUGCAUGCCAGGAUCACAGCGUGCGCUUCAAGGAUAUUAUCACAGAGCAGGACAUCUCGAAGCAUGAGGUGUGCAUCUUAAAAGGCGUACACAAGACCAGCACUUGGGCACAGCUGCGCGCUAGCCAGGAGCACUGCUUCCAUUAUGCCUGCCAAUCCGCCGUGCUCACCAUCGACAUGCGCUGUGCCAACAAGGCAAUCAAUCCCUGCUUUGCCAGCAGCGUCUAUUCGCAGCAUUGCGAGAGCUUCUCCUGCCUGGGGCACAGCGUGAAUCCCAAUCUACUGUAUGUGGCAAGCAACCAUAAGCUGCACUGUCUAGAUAUGCGCUGCCUAGGACAGAAGGUGGCGGAUCGUGCCGUUGUCACCUGGACGCAUCAGAUGAGGUAUUCGCCCACCUUCUUGGAUGCCAUUGCGCACGAGGGCAGCGAAUAUGUGGCGCUAAGCAGCGCCGAUCCCAGCGAUCAACGUGUCUGCGAGCUGAAUGGUGUUCUGGCACAAAGCUACACGGAGAUGUACUCCUCCUCCUUGCCGUAUGAGCCGCCUCAGCUGGAGGAGGCGCUGCUGAAUGCACAGCUGCAGGGUGCGGCCGUAGACAUCUAUGCGGAUCUAGCGGAGCGCAUCAAAUGCUGCACCACGGGCAUCAAGUUCCACCGGCUGGAGAACGCCAUCGAUGGUGCCUUCGCUCAGCUGCUCACCGCCAACAGCGUGGGCGACAUUCACUGCCAGCGAGUGACGCUGCGCGACGAGCUGGAAAUGCAGCGGGAACAGCGCACCGGUCUGCACACCAAGGAGGCGAUACUCUACUAUGCGGAGCUGGUGCGUCAUCACGUGAAAAAGAAUCUACGCUUUACGACAGUUCAACCCAUGCCUGUGAUGCGAGAGAUUAUGAAGUCCGCAAACGAAAGGAACGUGGAGGUGGAGAAGCCGCUGGUCAUAGAGGAUGUGACCAUAAAUUAUGACUUCACUGAGUCCGAGCCCGAGUCCUCGUCGGAGACCGAACAGAACAGCGAAAGGCAACAAGCACAGCCGACAAAUAGUCAAAGUGAAGAAGUAGCCAAGGAAAAGGAAUCUCCACCAGCAGAGACCCAGCCAAACCCAAACGAGAAAGUCAAGAAAAAGAAGGCUGUGAAUCGUGGUCCCUGGCAAAAGUCUGCCUACCAACUGAACCGUUUCACAGACCUGAUCAGCACUCGACUGCUCAGCAUCUGGGAUGUGGAUGAGUUCGAGCUGACGCGAGACGUAGAAAUCGAUAUGAUCGAUGCGAAGCUGAAGGCGGAGCUGAAAGAGAAGGCGGCCGAAGAUCGAACAGCUGCCUGGUUGCAACAAACGCUGUCGCCGGCAGCGUUGCAAGCUGAUGCAGCCGAAGAUGAUGAGAAACUGGUGCCGGGCACAAAUCUGCCCAAGCGCUUCCAGGCCGUCCACGCCGACUACAAAGAACUCAUAGUAGAGACUGUGGAUGUGAACGAUCUAAAACCGGCCAAGAUCGAAGAAACUUCAUUUAAUGAAAGUCUUAACUUUACCAAGCAGCCGCACUCCACGUUGACAGCGGGUCAAUUCGCGGUCAUUGAGAAUACGCUGGAAACUAUGCCUCCGCCAGCUAAAAGACCGAAGACCAAGCAUGUUAUGGGAUUCUAAGAAACUUAGGU